AUGAAAGAGAAGCACGAGGAUUUGCGCGUGCGUAGUGCGACUCAAUGGGCGUGUCCCGUGGUGCUCGGGGAUCCCGGCAAGCAACAUGACUAAAAAGAAGCGGGAGAAUCUGGGCGUCGCUCUAGAGAUCGACGGGCUGGAAGAGAAGCUGACCCAGUGCCGGCGGGACUUGGAGGCUGUGAGCUGCCGGCUCCACAGGGCAGAGCUGAGCCCCGAGGACAGGCUGUCUCUGGAGAAGGAGAAAAAUAGCUUAAUGCGCAAAGCUUCCAACUACGAGAAGGAGCUGAAGUUGCUUCGGCAGGAGAACAGAAAGAACAUGCUGCUCUCGGUGGCCAUCUUCAUCCUCCUGGCCCUGCUCUACGCCCACUGGACCAUUCCCAUAGACUGAUCCUGGAUUGUCACAGUGCCACCGCCACGUGAGCUGUGAUUUAUGUAAGAGGAAAGGUGCCUCCCCACCCUCCUGGGGCUGUGGGUUCAUUCACUCCCCAUCCCUGCCAACAGCAGCUGUGAUUUCCCCGAUUUCUAGCAGCAGCUCCAACUGAACAAACCCUCUCUGAGCACAGCUUCCUCUCUCCACCUCCAGCCCAAGUCGGACCACAAAGCACUGAGCCACACAGGCAUUAAAAAUAUGUUCAUCUUUAAUGAACCAAGAUUUUGCAGAACAUACCGUUGAGCCCAAAGCUGGGUGGAAUACGGUGUCCCCACCGUGUCACUGCCAGCCUGGGUGUUGGCUGAAGGCCCUGUGGAGUCAAUUCCAACCUGCCAGGAGCCUCAGUGCCCUAUCGCCAUGGAAACCAGACUGGCACCAGGCUGGGGCCCUAGGGAGUCACAGGAGCCUCUCAAAGUUAUUUCCUGUUAAAAACAACCAGAGCACCCUCCCCUGUCCAGGGCUGCUGCCCCGCUUCCUUUCCUCUCUGUGCCUCUGCCAAGAUGGAGGAAACGGAGUGACCAUGAGCAGACAAAAGCAGACCGUCCCUCCUAAUGGGAGGAAGGGUGGCAAAGAGCAACCUCCAGCUCAGCACUCUGCUACCAGGAGGGCCACUGCUGCUAGGGGAGAGGAAAGGCAGGUCUCCAAGGCCACUUCCUGCCCUCUUCGAGCUGCCCAACUUUUGGAUGAAAAGCAGGUGGCCCAGGAAGGCUCCGCAGUCACAGCCAGUGCCAAAGACAACACAGCUCUGAUCCCAAGUGUUGCUGGCCGUGCUAGGACUCCAGGGAAGGGCUCAAGACGGGAAGGAGACAGAGUUGUCUCCAACUUGGCAUCAACACAGCAAACUCAAAACUCUUAACUUGUACAACAGCUGCUCCUGGGCAGAAACCACAGUGGGCUCUACCCACCCAGGGUUGGCCCAAUUAAAGCUGGGCACAGCAGGGGCCUGGCCACCCCGAGGGGUGGUGCCGUCUGCAGGAGCCCUGGGAGAGCGGCAGUGCCCAAAGACCUCUGCUCUGCCCUGUCCUCUGGGCGCUGACCUUAAACCUGUCCCAGGAACACGUGUCCUCUGACGGCCCCUGCCGACCCCCAGGCUUGGUGCUCCCUAGCUCCUUCACAGAGGCAGAAGGAACCGUGCAGAGCACCCUGCCCUGGGAGGGACAGGGCAUUCGGCAGGAGCGCCCAGGCCUGGCUCAGUGGCUGUGCAUGUGGAUGAAGGAAAGGACAUCCUCCUUGGACAGCUUGUCCACAUCCUGCGGCUUCUGGGAGUCGUGCACGCGGAUGCCAUCUCCCCACUCCCAGAAGAGCCGGCUGAAGUAGCAGACACUAGGGGGGGAGAGGGAGAAGAGGGGUCAGAGGGCCCUCAGCCCGCGGACUUGGGGCACUCCUGUGACUCCCAGAACCAACUUUUCCUGACAGCAGCUGCUGUGCUAAUCACAUCCCUCUGGGUCACAAACCACUGAUAGUCCUGGUU